AUGUCUGCCAGUCCGAGUGAAAAUAGCCGACCAGUCAGAGUCGCCAAUUGCUCUGGCUAUCAUGGCGAUCCUGCAUACGAGAUGUAUCGCCAAGCGACUCUAGGAGAUGUCGACUUUAUCACGGGCGAUUACCUGGCGGAGGUCAACAUGGCAAAUAAUGCCCAGGCCUUCCAACAUGGCGAACAUCCCGGAUACGAGCAGACAGCCUGGGAGGGUAUCCAGCAGACCAUCGACGUGAUCGCCGAAAAGGGCAUCAAAGUCGUACUAAAUGGAGGGGCUCUAAAUCCCAAAGGGCUAGCUUUGAAAGUGCACGAACUGAUCCGCCAAAAAGGCCUCGCUUUGAGAGUAGCUUAUCUAUCAGGAGACGACCUCUACGCCAAAUUCGGACCUAACAUGCCGCAAUCUGCAGAACAACUUCAACGGCUCCAACACCUCGACGCAGAAAACAAUUCCGUCAAACCUAGCCCUCUCACCUAUGCAUUCACCAACACCGCCAGGCCCGUCCCUAUGGUCUCAGCACACGCAUACCUCGGUGCCCGGGGAAUCGUGGACGGACUCCGUCGAGGGGCAGAUAUUAUUAUCUGCGGCCGGGUUGCAGACGCCAGUCCUGUCAUUGCGGCGGCGUGGUACUGGCACUCCUGGUCGGAGUCGGACUAUGACCGUCUGGCUGGGUCCCUGGUGGCGGGUCACCUUAUUGAGUGCUCGGCCUAUGUUACUGGCGGCAACUUCUCUGGGUUUGAUCGACACCCGGUUGAUAGGUUUGUUGAGCCGGGGUUCCCCAUUGCGGAGAUCGAUGUUGAUGGAUCGUGUGUUGUUGUGAAACAUCCUGGGACUGGUGGGAUGAUUGAUGUUGAUACUGUUCGGUGUCAACUUGUAUAUGAACUUCAAGGAAAUGUUUACUUGAAUAGUGAUGUCAGUGCUGUCUUGGAUGAUGUUGUUGUUGAACAAGCUGGAAAGGAUAGAGUCCGCGUUCAUGGCAUACGAGGAUAUGCCCCUCCUCCAACAACCAAGCUGGCCGUGUUUUAUCCUGGUGGUUUCGAGGCUCAGGUUUUACUGAAUGCUACUGGAUAUGCGUCUAAUGAGAAGUGGGAUCUGAUCGAAAGACAACUCCGACAUUUCAUUGCGAAGGAAUCCAUUGAUCGGAUCGACACACUUGAAUUCCAAAGAAUCGGUGUUCCUGCUCCGAACCCUAGUUCACAGCGACAGAGCACCACAUACCUACGGAUAUUUAUUGCUGCAGUCGAGGCCGACACCGUUCUCGCUGUCGGAAGAGCAAUAAAAGAUAUUUCCCUCAAGCAUUUCUCAGGAUUCCACUCCUCUCUCGACAUGCGCACAGCAGUCCCACGCCCAUUCCUAGCCUACUAUCCCGCUAUAGUCAAACAGGACGAUCUCAACGAGGAGAUUAACUUCAUCGAGGGACCCGAUUCUAUCAUCUCCUUCCCAACAGGUCAUCCUCUACAGUACGAAGCUCUACAGCCACGCGCAAGCUACAACCACAGCCCAUCCAGCGAUGAAGCGGCCCUCCUCCAAUCUCCAACUCGGUCCAUUCGACUGGGAGACAUUGCUCUUGCCCGAUCUGGUGACAAAGGAUCUAACCUCAACUUUGGGAUCUUUGUCCCUGACGCUGCUCACUGGCCUUGGUUGCGGUCGUAUAUGAGCGUUGAAAGAAUGCGAGAGAUGCUCGUUGAUGAUGAUGACUGGGAUGAGUCGUUCUUAGUUGAGAGAGUGGAAUUCCCGUACAUUCAUGCUGUGCACUUUGUGAUCUAUGGGAUUCUUGGUCGAGGUGUCAGCAGCUCGAGUCGAUUGGAUGGGUUUGGCAAGGGGUUUGCGGAUUAUGUGCGUGAUAAGGUUGUUGAGGUUCCGGUGGAGAUUUUGAAUUGA